UGGCAUUAUUGGCAGACGACAUUCGAACCCCAAACAAAACAAACCAAAAUAUUUCAUCUGUGAUUUGCGUUUGUGGUGAAGGAUACGAAAUUAUUUUGUUAUUACAAGACUCACUAUCAAGUGACAGCUGUUAGUAACUUUUCUUGCCUUAACCCCAAGUCUUUUCCAUUACUCCUAUUGAGCCAGAUGUUCUGAUAAUUAAUAUUUCUCCCCUAGAAGAAUUUUGUCCUUGCAAACACAAAAGUUCUGGCUGGUUGUUGCUAAUUUCGAAUUUCGCAGAUUUUCCACAUGUAAAAAAAAUGACGAAAUGUUCAGCUCCAAACUGCAUCAAUAGUCAGAAGACUGCAGAAUUCUACUUCUACGAAUUUCCUGGAGACUCUCACCUUCGAAGUCAAUGGAUUGCCAAUAUUGGAAGAGCGAACUGGACCCCUGGAAGAAGAAGUAUGAUAUGUUCUGCCCAUUUCGAAAAGACUCAAUUUAGCACUAAAGUGCAUUCACAACUAAUAGAGGGAGCAGUUCCCACAAUAUUUCAGACUUCUAGAAAGAAAAGGGGUGCUCAAAUUCUGAAGCACAACAGCUUUGGCUCCAAGAGAAAUUCUGAAUUAGGUUCAGAUGACAUUGGUAAAGAGGAUAGGAAUAAGGGACUACGACCCCACACUGGGUCAGAAAAGAAUAAGGAUGUGGAAAGUAGCAUAAAGAACAAGCCAAGCAGUUAUGUACUUGAAACUGGAAAAGUUGUCAAUGAGAUGGUUCUUAUCGAUGGAACUUACAUGUUGGAAAACUGUGAGAUUGUCCGUGACAAACCAAGUUCAAAUUUAAUGAGUUGCAUUUCUCCCAGAAUGGAAGAUGAAAUAUCAUCUUCAAGCAGCAUCAUCAGAAAUUCUCUAAGCAACUGUUUUCUACAGACAGAAAAUCCCCUUGUCUUAGGAGAGGGAAAUUCUGAGGCUGAAGGAAAUGUAAUAAUUGUUGAGACUAAUCCCGAAUUAGUUUUAGUGAACGAAUCUUAUCAAUCCCAGCCUGAUAGUGAGAUUAUCCCUCAGCAACUCCCUAAAGACCCCAUUGAAAUUAAAAAGCCACCCCUGAAUUUGUCAGAAAUAGCAACUCCAUUUUCAACAGCUUUCUCACCCUCUUGUGAUUCUGAUGCAUUUGUGGACCUAAAAACAGCAAUACAGGCACAUUGUGGGCCGCCUGUGAAAAGACAUAAAUUUCAUGAGGAAGAUACUGGGUUUCCGAUGUUUGAUAGACAUCAAAUAGCCUCUAAUACUGUGGAAAAAAGUACAGAACUAGAUUUGGAGAUGUCAGAUACUUCUCUUCAAAAAGGUGUAAUAGACCUCCCAGUAUCAUUAUCAUACCAUGAAUGGGGGAAGCAUGCAAGGAAAAAUGGUCAUGUUGUUUCCAUGUGGCAAAAUGGUACAUUUAUGUGCCGUCUGUGUGGGGUAGCUAGCAACAAAACAGUUAACAUGUUUAGCUCUGAGGCCAAGGACAUAAAGCUGCUGGAGCGAAUCACUUCAAUUCUUCCCAUAAUGAUUGUUCAAAGUGAUGAUCUUCCACAAAAUGUUUGUUCAAAGUGUCUGAGUCGCUUGGAUAUGUGUUCAGAGCUUAUGGUAACAUCUUUUAACACUCACAGACAACUUGCAUCUGUUAUGGGACAGGAUUUGGACCAAGCAUCACAGUUGACCAUAUUCUUUCAUGAAAGAAAGAAGAACUCAAUUACCAGUCCAGACCACAAACGCCAUCUUCUACUCAUGGAAAUAUACAGCAAGGAAGGCAAACCUGUAGAAGAAUAUCUUUCUAUUGCAUUAGAGGAUUUACAGUUGCGACUGCACCCCAAGUCACAGAACAGUGGAGAACUUAAGUGUAGUUUGGUGCUAGCCUCCAUAUCAAAUAACUCCAUGGUAUCAGAACUAGAACAAGCAAAAACAGCAGCUGAAGCACUUGUCUCCAUGGAUGUGAUACAAAAUGAAAGAAGAGAACAAAGUCCAUCCAGAUUGAUCCAGGAGGAGACCGAAAACGUAUUUCUCAACCUUGAUGAUGUCCCUUUUGAGAAGGAUUCAAAUGAAACAUCAGCUAAUGCAUCAUUAAAUGGCCUAAAAGUAAUCGAAUCCUUGUCAUUGACAGAGCCACCUGAUGGUUUUGAGGCUGAACCAGGAGAGGACCAGGUUAUGCCCGUCACAGAUGAUGUCAGUCCUAGUGACUAUUUUUCAACUGGAAUAAGGAAUCCAAAGUUUCAAAGAGCUUGGAAGGAGUGUGGAGAUGCUUUCACAACUUUGCAAAAUUUUGUUUACUGGAAGUUGGAAGAAAGUGAAGUGAAGCUCACAUGUAGAAUGUGUGAACAUGUUUUUGAAGGGACCGGUCUCAUACAAAAUCAUAUUAAAGAGCACUUGGGUCCAUCAGUUCAUUCUGAACAUGAAAUAGACAAAGGUGAUCAAAGCACCAGUGAAAAGGAAGGGAAGCUUGAACAUGACACAGACACAUCAAGAUCAUGGCCCAAGAGGCAAUUCCGCCCAUGGUUUCAGUGUUCAUUUUGUAGUGAACACCUGCAGUCCAAACAGAUUUUAAUGCAGCACUUAGAAUCUUACCAUGCUGCAAAUACUAAAUGUGAAAGUUGUGGACAUGAUGCCUCCGAUGUGUGUGCAGCCAUUUUUCAUCGACAAACAUGUGCUAAAAUUAGAAAGUUGAGAGAGUGGGAAUGCCACAAGUGUUUGGAAAUAUUCUCAACAGAAGAAGAAUUAAGGAAGCAUCAAGUCCUUAGCGAUCAUGCUGAAAUUUGUGAUGAUGGUGCUAAAAUUUUUUCUCAGAAAGCAAGACCUCAACAACUGAAAAGGUCACACUUUCUCCCAGAUUUGAAGUACAUCCAUCAAUGUCCGCACUGCCCAAAGCAAUAUAUCAAUUCUUCAAGGCUGAAGGAGCACAUGCAAAAACAUGAAGAGAAAAAAUACAUGUGUAAAGUUUGUGGCAAGCUUUUCAGCACCAAGCAGAUUCUUCGGCAACAUGAGUUUACACACGGUGACCCACAAUAUCUAUGUUCUCUCUGUUCCCGUACAUUUUAUCGGAAAAGCCACCUAUUGAAGCAUAUGAAUGUACACAAUCCUGAUAAUUCUAGGGCCAGCCGAGCUGGACCUCAACCACAUAGAGAUGGCCUCAACCGCUGCAGGGAAUGCAAAAAUGUUUUUGAGCAAAAGGAGUUACUCUCUCACUACAAAUCAUCACACCCUCACAUUCAACUUCUAAAUUAUACUUGUGAAAUUUGCAAAGAAGAAAACACAUCUUAUGCAGAACUUUUUCAACAUCAGCGGGAGGUUCAUAAAACUGGUGUCAAAGAUUGUCCAUUUUGUGAGAAAACAAUUGACAGUUCAACUCAGAUGAAGUAUCAUCUCAUGAAACAUGAAGGCAUGUAUCCAUACAACUGCCCAAUGUGCAAUAAUGGAUAUACAGCUAAUAGUGUCCUGCAGGACCAUAUCAGGCGCAAGCACACUGGUGAAAAACCAUUUGAGUGCCAACAGUGCUCAAAACGUUUUCCAACUAAUGGUGCUCUAGCUCAACACAGUACGGUGCACUCUUUACCUCACCAGCUUCUGCCCUGCCCAGUCUGUAACAUUGGCUUUAAACGGAAGGCCCAUCUAGAUGUACAUUUAAGAACUCAUACUGGUGAAAAACCAUAUCCAUGUCCUAUAUGUGACCGUCCAUUCCGCCAGAGACCAGACUGUGUGAAACAUGUGCGUGUUAUCCAUGGAGAGGAUCCAAGUAAAUACGAGUUUCGUUUCCAUCCAAACAUGGCAAUCACCUUCCCUCAAGUAGUGUCAGUCUCAGACAUGGAAUUAGUUCUGGAGGGGGAAGACCUUAUGCAAGCAUCUCUUGAAACAAAUUAGUUAGUUUCUAGUCAAUGAAGUAUAUGAUGGUUCAAUAUUUUUUUUAAGGUAAGGAAAGUUUCUUGACUUUUUCGAGCAUUUGUAUUAUUUUUCUACUUUUUGGACCGACUGUGUCAUUUGAGUAAUGUGUGGUGUAUUGAUUUGUGACAUCUGUGGUCAUUUGAGGCGGGUGCCUGUGACAACUCGUGCUGUGAUACUGUUACAUUUUGGGUAAUAAAUGUUUCUAUGAAGUGAAAUAAACAGAAAGUGUUUCAAA